CGUGUCGGUGUCAGUAAUCAGUGCAACCUACUCGUACGCCCCGAAAGUUAUCUAAAACAAUUUGCGAACAGAGCGCUCGGCUCUAUAAAAGGAGAGAUGCAGUUGCAUUUUGCAUUCAGUCGAGAAAUUUAGCCCAAAGGCAAAGCAAUUCCCAGAAUGCCAUACAGACCGGCAAGCUUCUACGACGCCGACCGCAAGGUUUGGAGCAGUGGCAAAUUGGAGCACUACUUUGACCCACAUCUGUCCAUCGGGGAGAUUGUCUUCGAAGAGAUGCGACGGCAUCCGCAACUGAUAGCCCAGAUCUCAGCCACGGAGAACACAAUUUUGACCAGGGCGGAGCUGCAUGUCAACUCGAUGUGCGUGGCCAGCUAUCUGCGAUCCCUGGGCCUACUCCAGUCUGAUGUGGUGGGAAUUAUUGGCAGGAACACCACCCACAUGUCCGCUGUGGCCUACGCUUGCUUCUUCAAUGGCGUGGCCUUCCACUCGCUCAAUAUCUCAUAUGAGCAGAGUACCAUCGAAAAGUUGUUCAGCAUCACCAGGCCAAGAGUCAUUUUCUGUGAUGGGGAUGAAUUCGAGAAAGUGCGAGCUGCCACAGCUCAACUGGAUGUGAAGAUCGUCACCAUGCGCAAUCACCCCAAGGAUUCCAUCCGGAUCGAUGAAGUGCUGGCCACUCCCAUGGAGGAAAACUUCCGGCCAGCUAAACUGGAACAGGGCAAUGACCAGACCUUGGCCAUUCUCUGCUCCUCGGGCACAACUGGAAUUCCCAAGGCUGUAACCAUUACGAACAGUAGGCAGAUCCUAAAUUCCAGCCACCGUCUGACCACCAACGACGUACAGUACACGCACAGCACCCUCGACUGGAUCACCGGACUACUGACCACCGUCACAUCCGGGGUGUUUAGCACAAAGCGCAUCAUAGCCGACAAUGUCUUCGAUCCGGCCUUGAUUAUGCGACUCAUCGAGGAGCACCAGAUCACAUGGAUAAUUCAGCCGCCCACCCACAUGGCCAUGAUGGCCAACUGCCCAGCAUUUGGAACUUCCGACUUGUCGAGCCUAAAGUUCUACCUCUUCGGAGGAUCUCGGGCUUCCGUGGAGACCCAGCAUCGCAUUAGGAGUCGCCUGAGCAAGGACUGUCUACACUUUGCCUACGGAUUUACAGAGUUGGGCAGCAUGGCCUCCAUCAAUUUGCACUUCGACGAGAAGCCCAAUUCGGUGGGUCGCUUGGUGGCAGGACUCAAGCUGAAGGUAAUCUGCGAAAAGGGAGAGUCCUUGGGCCCGGAUGAGGUGGGCGAGCUGUGCCUGUGCAAUGACCAGCACUGGGCUGGAUACUACGGCAAUCCGGAGGAGACGCACAAGAUGCGGGAUGCCCAGAUGUGGUUCCACAGCGGGGACCUGGGAUACGUGGAUGACGACGGGUUCGUGUACGUCGUGGAGCGCAAGAAGGACAUGCUGAAGUACCAGAACAUCAUGUACUAUCCCAACGACAUCGAGAAGGUCAUCUCGGCGAUGCCGGACGUGGCCGAGGUCUGCGUCUUCGGGGUGUGGAACCAGCUGGUCGGAGACGAGGCCGCCGCCGCUGUGGUCAAAAGACAGGGAAGCCUGACAGCCCAGGACAUUGUGGACUAUGUGGCCACGCACAUCGACGCCAGGUACAAGCACCUCCACGGAGGAGCCAUCAUCAUGGAGGAACUGGUGCGCAGUCCUAAUGGCAAAACCAACCGCUUGGGCACCAAGGCCUUUUUCUUGGAGGUCAAAAAUUCCACCCCAACCGAAAAUCAGACAUGUUCAUCAACCGCUAUCGGACCCGGACCCGGACUCGGAUUCACGCCCGGCCAAAACCCCGUCUUAUCAGCCGCCACAAUGGAACGCUCGAGCACGCAAUUCGAUAAAUACACUAAAAUUUGGAGUGGACCAAGGCCGGCGAACUUCUUCGAUGUGGACUGUUCGAUUGGUAAAAUUCUGUUCGCCUUUAUGCGGAACCACCCGUCCAGCAUAUGUCAGAUUUCAGACACAGAGGGCACCGCUUUGACCAAUGGCGAGGCCAUAACCUUUGCCAUCCGCAUUGCCCAGCAGCUCAAGGCCCUGGGGCUGAAACAGGACGAUGUGGUGGGCAUCGCUGGGACCAACACCACCUACCUCAUGCCCGUGGUGCUGGGCUGUCUGCUGAACGGAACGCCCUUUCACGCGGUCAGUCCCUGGCACGACGAGGACACAAUGAAGCAUCUGUUCUCCAUCACCCGGCCGAGGAUAAUCUUUUGCGAUGGAUACGUCUACCAGCGGCUGAGCAUCAUUGCCAGGAUACUCAAGAGCCAUGUCUACACGCUGAAGGAUCAUCGACUGGGCAUGCCGCGGGUGGAGGAUCUGCUGGAACCCACCAAAGCUGAGCUCUACUAUGUACCCGAAACCCUUCUUCUGGGCGGCGAUCACACAGUGGCCAUUCUCUGCACUUCGGGCACCACGGGAUUACCAAAGGCCGUUUGCAUUAGCAACUCCGCCUGCCUCUUCGAUUUUGGCUUUGUGACUGGCCAGGAUGUGCUGCUGUCCUUCAGCACCAUCGACUGGUCAGCGGGAAUGUUCAACAUGCUCUUCAGCUGCUGUCAUGGUUCCACGCGGAUCAUCACGGAUCGGGCCUACACGCCGGAAUAUAUGCUCCAGCUGGUGGAGAAGUACAAGGUGACAUUGCUGACAGUGGUGCCGCAGCAGGUGGCUUCCCUGUUGAAGGCGCCCACCCUCAGCAAGCAGCGAUUGGCCAGCAUUCGGUUUGUGAGCGUGGGCGGAGGCUCCUGCUACGUGGCCAAUCUUCUGAAGCUGCAGGACUUCCUGGUCACCGGACAGAUAUCCUACGGCUACGCUUUGACGGAGUGCGGGGGAGUGGCGGCCAAUAUGGGCGUGUCAAAGCCCUCGUCCGUGGGCAGGAUUGUGCCGGGGGUGCGGGUGAAGAUCCUGGACGAUGCCGGCCGAAGUCUGGGACAUGGAGAAACGGGCGAGAUACUGGUGCACAAUGGGAAGCUGUGGAAUGGCUACUACGCCAAUCCCAAUGAGUCGAAGCGCAUGCAGGACUACCAGGGCUGGUUCCACACCGGGGACAUGGGCUACUUCGACGACGAGAACUUCCUGCACAUCGUGGAGCGGAAGGGCGACCUGCUGCGCUUCCAUGGCGCCCAGUACUGUCCCCACGAACUGGAGCAGGUCAUCGCCGAGCUGCCGGAUGUGAUCGAGGCCUGUGUCUUUGGGCUGUGGAACGAGGUGGAUGGUGAUCCUGCGGCGGCGGCAGUCGUCAAGGUCCCGGGAAGCCGCCUCACCGAGAUGGACAUUGUGGAGUACGUGGCCAAGCGCCUGGUGGUCCAGCACAAGCAGCUCCACUGCGGCGUCUUCUUCCUGACCGAGCUGCCCAAAACCGGAAGUGGCAAGGUACUCCGGCAGCAGGCACGCGAUCAGGCACUGGGCAAGAAAUGGGCCGACUACGGCAACGGACACUAAUCUUUUGAUAGACGUAAUUCUGUUAGGCUUAAAGACAAUUAGUUAUUACCGACGACAGGUGACUCAUCCAGUCAGCGCGUUCAAGUACUGCCGAAAAAGUGAAACCCAAAUAUAAACCCAAACAUAAGCAGACAAAAUUGUUUUGUGUU